CUCUGCUAUAACCAACUACACCUCCCAUACCAAAAACUCAAGUUAGCGGCAUUUAAAAUCAUUAACUGUAUUUACUGCCACUUGGCAUUAAGUUCUCUAUAUAAUCUUCAUGAUAACACGCCUUCCAAGAGCCUGUUUGAGGCGAUCAGGCGCUUACCGCUGGAAACGCGAACUGUACUAUAAUCCCUUGUUCUCUUCUCAAUUUUCUACUUCUUGCAUUAUUUUGCAUUCAAAUAUUGGUCCUUUUCGGUAUUCACAAGCUCUUUCAAGAGGUAGAGACUCAAAAAAUGAUAAAUUACCUAAAAGCGAUAGUGAAGCAAAAAAGGCACCAUUAUCAGAGAAUGAGUCGUCAAAGCAGAAAGAACUUCAGUCUCAUAAGCAGACCUUAAAAAAGAACAGCGAACGGAAAAAGGAUGAGGAAAAUACAGAUGGAAGCAAAGCUUUUUUCAAACCGUCUUCCAAUAACACUAAGAACGAGAAAGAACAAGCUAAUGACUCUUCUAAGCUGGACAGCUCUGAAAAAAAGAAGGACUCGUCUAAAAAUGCUAUACCAGAAAUAUAUCCUCAAUUGCUCGCUUUGCCUAUUGUACGAAGGCCAUUGUUCCCAGGUUUUUAUAAAGCAAUUGUUACUAAGGAUCCCUCGGUAUCGGAGGCCAUCAAGGAAUUGAUAAAGAAAAGGCAACCUUAUAUUGGAGCUUUCCUUCACAAGGAUGAAAAUGCGGAUACCGAUGUUAUUACGGAUAUCAAUCAAGUUUAUCCAGUUGGUGUCUUUGCUCAAAUUACGAGUAUCUUUCCUACAAAGAAUGCUGGUGAAACAGCUUUAACAGCUGUUCUUUAUCCCCAUAGACGGAUACGUAUAACGGAACUGUUACCUCCUAAAUAUCUUACCAACGCUACCGCUGAUAUCAAAGAGGCUAAACAAGUAGGGGAGUCAAAAGAAUUAACUAUUGAUGAUAAGAGCGAAGAUAGUUCGGACGUGGAAAGUACAGCUUCCAUGUUACAAGACUAUAAUGUUUCUGUGGUUAAUGUCGAAAAUGUUCACAAUCUUCCUUUCAGUCGUCAAAAUCCAGUAAUAAAGGCGCUUGCUGGCGAAAUUAUGAGCACCUUUAAAGAGAUUGCGACCCUAAGCCAUAUUUUUCGUGAACAAAUUGCUAACUUUUCGAUUUCUCAAGGAACAAACAAUGUUUUUGAUGAACCCGCUAGAUUGGCUGAUUUUACCGCUGCGGUAUGCUCUACUGCUCACCAGGACUUACAAGGUGUCUUGGAGGCCCAAAACAUCGAAGAACGAUUAGAAAAAGCUCUAAUAAUUCUAAAGCAGGAACUUACGAACGCUCAAUUGCAAAGUAAAAUUAGCAGAGAUGUUGAGCAAAAACUGUCUCAGCGUCAGAAAGAAUUUAUUUUGAUGGAGCAAAUGAAGGGAAUAAAGAGAGAGCUAGGUCAUGAUGACCCUAAAGAGUCAUUAGUUAAUGAGUUUAAAAGAAGAUCCGAAGAGUCAGAUAUGCCUGAGCACGUAAUGAAAGUUUUUAAGGAUGAGCUUUCAAAAUUUCAACAUUUAGAACCAAUGGCUGCUGAGUACAAUGUUACUCGAAACUACUUAGAUUGGAUUACUCAAUUACCAUGGGGUAAAAAGUCUGCAGAAAACUUUGACAUUCAACAUGCUAGAAGUAUUUUGGACAGGGACCAUUAUGGCUUGAAAGACGUUAAAGACCGUAUUCUUGAGCUUGUUGCAGUUGGCAAACUAAGAGGUACCAUGCAAGGAAGAAUUAUAUGCCUGGUAGGACCCCCUGGUGUUGGUAAGACUUCUGUUGGUAAAUCUAUUGCUUCUGCAUUGCAUCGAGAAUUUUUUAGAUUUAGCGUUGGUGGUUUAACAGAUGUUGCUGAGAUUAAGGGACAUCGUCGAACUUAUAUUGGUGCGAUGCCAGGAAAGAUUGUGCAAGCAUUGAAGAAAGUACAAACAGAAAACCCCUUGAUUUUGAUUGAUGAAAUUGAUAAAGUUGGAAAAAGUCAUCAAGGUGAUCCACAUAGUGCUUUGCUUGAGCUUUUAGACUCUGAGCAGAAUUCGGCAUUUUUGGACCAUUACAUGGAUAUGACUUUAGAUGUCUCUUCAGCUUUGUUUGUUUGUACUGCUAAUACUAUAGAUACAAUUCCUCCUCCUUUGCUAGAUCGUAUGGAAGUCAUUGAAGUUUCAGGUUAUGUAGAGGCAGAAAAGCUUCACAUUGCUAGAGAUUAUUUGAUCCCCCAAACGAAGAUAAACUGUGGUUUGAAGGAUGCUAACGUGUCAAUUUCUGAUGAUGCCAUUAGAGGAUUAAUACAGUUUUUCUGCCACGAAAGCGGUGUUCGGAACUUAAAGAAAUCUAUUGAAAAAAUUUUCCGAAAAACUUCAUAUCAAAUUGUCGAGAAAAUUGGUGAUAAGAAGGAAACUAAUGUGCAAGAAGCACAACAAAAUUCACACAAAAAAAAGGAAGAUGAAGCAGAAGCCACAGACCAAGCUGAUACAUCAUCUGUUGCGCCUCUUAGCGUACCAAAAGACAUGAAGGUUAACAUAGAUGAAAAAGACUUGAUUAAUUAUCUCGGCCCUCCAAUACACACAUCGCCUCGUCUUUAUGAUACAACACCUGCUGGUGUAGUCAUGGGCUUAGCUUGGACUCCAAUGGGAGGUGUUCCAAUGUACGUUGAAACUAUAGUUAAAAACCUUUUGUCUACUACUUCUGCUCCUUCAUUAGAAAGAACUGGCCAACUUGGUGAUGUUAUGAAAGAGUCUUCAGAGUUAUCAUACUCAUUUUCUAAGAGCUUCUUAUUUAAGAAUUUCCCAAACAACAAGUUUUUUGAACAUGCUCGUUUGCAUAUGCACUGUCCAGAGGGAUCUAUAUCAAAAGAUGGCCCUUCUGCCGGUAUUACUAUGGCUACCUCACUGUUAUCUUUGGCAUUAAGCAUGCCCGUACCUGCUACUACUGCAAUGACCGGUGAACUAACUUUAACCGGUAAAGUUCUUCGGAUUGGUGGUUUAAGAGAGAAAGCUGUUGCGGCGAAAUUAUCGGGUGUAAAGGAAAUUAUGUUUCCAAAAGGUAAUAUAGCCGAUUGGGAACAACUUCCCGAUUAUGUUAAGGAAGGUUUAACAGGUGUUCCUGUCGAAUGGUAUGACGAUGUAUUUAAAAGGAUUUUCCCUCAUGUCAACGCUGAGGAAUGUAAUAAUCUUUGGCCUACUUUAACGGCUAGUGCUUCUAGUUAAAAAUGAUCCUCAUUUUUUUGGUACAAAGACGAUGUUUUUAUCUUUUUAAUAGCUUACGAACUUUUAUUUCCUUUGUUUUCUGUUCAUGAAUAGAGAUAGUAAUGCUAACGAUCCAAACUUUGCGGAGUCGAAAGAGUAUUUUAAUGUAAAGUCCAUAUAUCCUAGUCUUAUACAUAUUAUGUGUUUCUAACGCUAAAGACUUAUUUUACCUCGGGGUUUCUUGUUUAUGGUUUUAUAAAAAGCUUUUCUUUUGACUAAAUAAAAUGCAUUAAUUAUACAAUUC